CCCACCUCACCCUCACCCUCACCCUCACCCUCAUCCCACACACCUAAACUUUCACCAAUUUCCUUCCCAUUCUUUUCUAUAAAUUACCCCCCUCUCCUUCAUUGCUUUUCCCCUUUUCCACAUUCUUAAGUUUCAAAAAUAUUGUCCAAAAGAAUUAAACUCAUAAAAAAAUAAAAAAUAAAAAAUCUCUAGGCAUAUAUAUCUACUUGCAUUGCAUGUGUUUUACAUUUUAAAUCUAUAACUACUCAAUUUGGGUUUCUAUAUCUAUUUCUCCACUUCCCAAUUCACUAUUUUCUUAUUACAAGAUUCAAGAUCCUAACUAAUUCUUGACAUAUAAACCAAUGGGUGAAGAAACUAAGCCAGAAGAGCAAGCUCCAGCUGCAGUACCAGCUCCAGCUGAAACUAAGACUGAGGAAAAACCAGCAGAAGAAAACCCACCACCGCCACCACCACCAGCAGAGGAGAAACCUCCAGCUGAGGAAGAAAAAAAGGAAGAAGAACCACCACAACCACCACCACCUUUUGUUCUUUAUGUGGACUUACAUUGUGUUGGAUGUGCCAAGAAAAUUGAGAGAUCCCUCAUGAAAAUCAGAGGAGUUGAAGGGGUAGUAAUAGACAUGAGUCAAAACCAAGUAACAAUAAAAGGUGUGGUGGAGCCACAAGCAAUCUGCAACAAGAUUAUGAAGAAAACUAAGAGAAAGGCUAAAGUUUUGUCACCUUUACCUACUAAUGAGGGUGAGCCUAUACCAGAAGUAGUCUCUUCACAGGUAAGUGGAAUAACUACUGUGGAGCUUAAUGUAAAUAUGCACUGUGAGGCCUGUGCUGGGCAACUUAAGAAGAAAAUACUCCAAAUGAGAGGAGUACAAACAGCAGAAACAGAGCUAACUAGUGGAAAGGUGACAGUAACAGGUACAAUGGAUGCAAACAAACUAGUUGAGUAUGUGUAUAGACGCACCAAAAAGCAAGCCAAAAUAGUCCCACAACCCGAACCCGAUAAACCCGCUGAAGAGCCCAAACCCACGGAGGCUGAAAAGCCCGGUGACGAGCCCAAACCCGAAGAACCAAAAGAAGAGAACAAUCCAGAACCACCAAAAGAAGGUGGGGGUGAAGAAAACAAACCAACAGAAGGAGAUGAAAACAAACAAGAACCUAAAAAAGAAAAUCAAGGUGAAGAAAUUAUUAAUGAUGUGAUUAAUCCCAUUAAUUAUGAAGAAGAAUCAAUGAAGAGAAUGAUGUAUCAUCCUCAAUUUAAUUACUACAAUUACCAACAACCAAUUUAUAUGAUUGAGAGAAUCCCACCUCCACAGUUAUUUAGUGAUGAAAAUCCUAAUGCAUGUUGCAUUUCAUAACCCAUAAGGCCAUAAUUAUAAUUUAUGACAUAAUUGAUCUUGAUUAUGAAUCAUAAAUUAUUAAAUACAAGCAAUAUAUUAUCAAAAUUUGAACUUAUAAUAAUUAAUGGUUUUUUUGUAAGAUAUUAUUGUAAGUUCAAAAAAUACUCAUAGAGAUUUGCUACCACAUGAUGGUGUGAAGAUAUACAGAGCUUUAUUGGGGUGUUGUCAUAAAGUGUUCAUUUUAAUAAUGCUGAUUAGAAUCAUAUUAUGUAUCUAUGUACUAAUUAAGUACUUUUAUAAUGUAUUCAAUCAUUUGAGUUGAAUUAAUACUAUGAGUCUCAUGUACUUCA